GGAUCAUCUGUUUCUGACCUCUGUGGAUGUAUGAUCCAUCCUGAGCGAUUUGAAGGAUCAUGAGAGGAUGAGCAUGGACACAUAGUUGAAUUAAGCUAUGCAGCUCUUCUCCGCGUCUGGGGAUCGGCGUAGACACAUGGUUGAAUUAAGCUAUGCAGCUCUCCUCCGCGUCUGGGGAUCGGAUUUGACUGGAUUGAAUUAAGCUAUGCAGCUCUCCUCCGCGUCGGGGGAUCGGAUUUGGCCGGAUUGAAUUAAGCUACGCAGCUCUCCUCCGCGUCGGGGGAUCGGAUUUGACUGGAUUCUCUCGAUUUUUAUUCUCCGUGCUUUCUCUGCAUAUUUCUCGUCUUGAAGGGGCGUCUUUCUUGCCUCAGAAGGAGUUUCUAUUGCCGCUCGGAGGACAUCUUUGCGGUCCUCUCAACUGGAACUUUCGCGGAGUUGUUCUUUCUUGCUUUCUCUUUUCGAAUUGGCGCUUAAACUUCUCUGCGGCAAUAGGAGUUUGGACCAUGGCAUCCCCACGUGGUAGUGACCAGCAGCUCUCUCGAGAGCCUUCCUUCAGGCAGAUGUGCUAUCCUUCGGACGGCCAGGUCAGGGCUCGAGAAGAAGAUGACGCAGGGCGACAUAUGUCGGUCACGGCUUUAUGGUCAAAAGUCUGAUUUAAUAUUGGCUUUAUGAUGGUCCCGAAUGCAGGGUUUAAUGUUAAUCAUUCAGCUUUUACUCUAUCUAGAAAUAUCGACUUUGAAGCGUCCUCGGUAUGCCUCAUUAUUCGGCUGCAGUGAGUUUAAGCUUACUGGAGCUAGGAUCAGCGCGAAAGUUAGAAGUAGAACAUUUUGAUCCCUGAUUAUGUACUUGUGAUGUGUGUGAUCCUUGUGAUAAGGCAAAAUUUACAUCAGUGGUUAUAUGGUGUUAUGCAGCAUGUACCUUAAAUAACCACGGAUGUAAGUUUUCGCUGUGCCAUUAAACCUCCGCCCUAUACUUGUUGACAUAGAUGCCAUCAGCGCUGAAACGACCUCAACUUGUUGACAUAGAUGCCAUCAGCGCUGAAACGACCUCAACUUGUUGACCUAUAUAUCCCUCAAAGCUAAUACGACCUCCAUCUACUUCUAAUUCAAAAAAGCGACCUUCUAAUUCUAAUGCAAAAAAUGCGACCUCCAUCUACUUCGAAUUCAAAAAAAAGACCUUCUUCUAAUUCUAAGGAUGUCAGAACCAGUCGUGUAUAGUUCCGCAGGUCUGCCUCUACCCCCUAGGAGAGUCCGGAGCGCCAGUUCCAUGCCCACUCAGCAGCAACCUCCGAUAAGUGACGAGGAUUUGAUGCUGGAUCUUGGUAAGAGCUUUACUCAUCAAUGAUGUGUAUUUUCGUCUAUUUCUAAAUGAGUCUAAAUGCUCUAGAAAGUUUUACUAGAAUAGCGUGGUCAGAAGUACGGAGGAGCUAGAAGAAGAAGAAGCUCCUCCUAUAAUAUUGUGUAUUUUCGUGCGGUUUUACUAAAGAUUCUAGUGUGGUCAGAAGUACGGAGGAGCUAGAAGAAGAAGAAGCUCCGCCUAUAAUAUUGUGUAUUUUCGUGCGGUUUUACUAAAGAUUCUAGUAACAACAGCUGCUACCCUUAUUUUCACUACUUUUCCACAACAACGCACGGCACAUAAUGCCAAGUGACGAGGAUUUGAGGCUGGAUUUUGUUUGUCUUGUAUCAAGAAGCUCUAGUUAUAGACGUCCAAAUGGUGCCAGAAGCUAGUUAUAUUCCAGAAGCUAGUUAUAGGUUCUGGAUUUGACACAACACACACUCACUACUCGCAGGCAACGUCCAAAUCCAGAAGCUAGUUAUACGGCAAUUUGACUGGGAGAAGAUCAAGGCGCACUUCACCAGCAUCCACAUGGACGAGAUUAGGUUCACGAAGCAGAAAUUGAACGCCUUUUUGCUGCCAGAUUUGCUUCGUUACGUAUGAUUCACAGAUGUGUUACUUUCGGACUAGUUUUCAGAGAUUUAGUUGUGUUAGUUUUUUAAUUUUUUUUGAAAGAGGCCAGGUCUCAGUUUCUACCCGCAUUUCUUGUUGAUUUUGCAUUCAUCUAGUGAGGCAACAUUGUAAGGCACUGUUUUCGAUUAUCGGGAGUAUAAGGUCUAAUAUUGUAAACCAUUGCUCGUUUGAUUAUCGAGAGAAGUACUGGAAUAUAAUCAGCGAGUGAGGCUUGUACUUCCAUCAGAAGCGAGUAUGUUUUCACAAGUUGUUGGCACCGGAACAGCUUUCAUUUUCUGGUCUGCAGCAAGUCUUCAACGGUCUUUGCGCAACAGGGUAUCUUAUGGCUGGAUUGGUAGACAAUGUCUUAGAGCCGUUUUAGAGCACAACUGCUCUUCUUUUCUCCCAAUUCAUAUGUUGAGGGUCCUUGCGAUAUCAUUCCUUAUAAAAACUGUCGUCACACUCCGUAGUCGUCCUCUUUUCUUGUACAAAUAAUAGGCGUAGCUACUUCCAAAAAAUAGGCGUUUUCCUCGUACAAAUAAUAGGCGUUUUCCUCGUAGCUACUUACAAAUAAUAGGGUAUCUUAUGGCUGGAUUGGUCGUCCUCUCUUCUCUUUUACCUACUUCAAGAAAUAAGGGGAAUUUCUCCCCUUCUCUAAUUCCUUCGAAGACUGCGAGAGCAUGAUGGCCUUAGAGGAUGCGGAGUCUUGGCGCGCUCUUCAAUCCGAAUGGGAAGAGAAGAAACAAUAUUUCGCACGUCUCUUUGACCGAGAACUCUGGCUAUCCUGCCUGGUGCUGACUGGAAUACUCGCUUUCGUGAUGCUGUUAGUUGCUUUGCUCAUCGCAUUGAUGAUAGUGGAGAAGGCAUUGACGAUACGGAAACGAUGGCGAGAAUGGCAACAAGAACGGGCCGAUGCGCGCACGCUUCAUGACGAGCACGACGAGGAUCAUCCUGGUCUUGAUCAUCAUGGCCUCGAAGACGGAGUUGAUGACCAAGACCAUGACCAUGAUCUGCAGAACAAUGGUAACAAUAAUGAGGAGAAACUUGUCUUGCUCGAUCGAACCGUGUCGAAACGAGAAUUCCUGGUUGGACAAGGAGGAACUAGGGACUACACUAGGGAUGGAAAUAUGAGUGUAGAAGAACAACGUGCUGCAGCGGCCAGGCGAGUUCUCAGUACCGAGACGAGAGGAACUAGAACGGAAGACCGAUCCCCAAUUCUAGAGCGCGACAAAAAGGAAAGGAAGUCGCGGAGAGCGGAGUCCAGUAGGGCAGAAUCAACUAGAGGCAUCCGCUCCUCUGGUCAUACAACGAGUGUGCCCUCAGACGCGUCCUCACGGAGUAAAUCGGGAAGGGUCAGGAGACCACGUGAAUUAAGGGUAGGAUAAAGGUGCUUUUGUUCCCGCUUUUUAUGCCUUUCCUAAGGGAGAAAGGCAGAAAAAGCGGGGUCCACGAGCACCAAGACCCUACCUCUAAGUGAAGAUGGUUGAUGAAACAGGCAAACGCGCUUGUAUUGGAAUUAGGCUGCUCUCUGAUUUCAGUAGAGGGAGGCUUCCUCGUCGAACUGCGGAAAAGGAUCUUUCUCUGUGUAACAAAUAGGGAACCUAUUUCUAGGCGUGUUUUGCACCGAGUAAGCGGAUCCUAGUUCUAGUCCCAUGCGUCACAGUUUAGCCUUAGAAGUGCGG